AUGCCCACGACGACCAAGUGGGCGACUGUCUGUAGCGACAUGGCUCGAGAGGGCUCCCAACUGCUCAUGGAAGACAUGGAGGUGGUCAUCAUUGUCAAGAGUCAGCUGGUUCCAUGCGUCGUGUGUGCGCUGACCAAGCCACACAAGAUGCGGUACCAACUGUUAAGAUGUUUCUCGGAAACAUGCAAUACAGCAGCAACGCAUGACGCGUGCCCAUGGAAGGGGAAGGUUCUCACGUGUCAAGGCCUUAACCGCGUGACGAUCAUGGAGUCUGGUGCUCAUGAACGCUGGUGA